UGAGUGCGGGAUGACCAGUUGGCUGCGAGACUCGCCAUUGCGCAUGUCGCUUGGUCGGCGUCGUGCACCUUCACCUCUGCACGAUGUUGACCCUGCUGCUGCUUUUCAGUCAUUCAUUAAACACUGGCAACAAACGUGUGACAUUAUUAAUAGAACCAAGUUAAGGGGGCAGGUGUUUGCCGAUGAUGUAACAGCUGUGAUAAAUCACCUGGCUCAGAUGGUCACUCUGCUGUUGGUCGACCUGAAGCAAAUUAUGGCUCAUGGUGCACGUAAUCAAAAUGGCAUACCCCAGAAAAGUUCCAAGGGAGGUAAUGGAAAUAAAGUGACCACCAUAGGGAACCCAUUAGAAGGUAUCCAGGAAGUUAGCAGCCAGCACUCAUCUUUGCCAGCAGAAAAUCCUCCUCACACUCCAAUCUUUGAUCACUUCCUUGGCGAAGAAAUCCUUGAUACUAUUUUGACAUGGAGUCUUAACACUGGAGAGUUUGUGAAUGCCUUGAAACUGGAACAACUCAAGGUUCAUGAACAACUUCUGAGUCACUCAAAACAGGAAAUACUUGUGUACAAGCCAAUUAUCCGUCCUCUGCUACGACUUUUAGCAUCAUGCGGUGGUUGUGUUCCAGUAGAUGUUGAGAAACGUCUUGUCGUACUUCUCAAUCAACUUUGUGUUUCACUUAUGCAUAAUCACCAAUUACUUGAUUUUUUCUUUCAAUUCUCCAGUGAUCAAGGUCCUACCAAGUUUAUGAUCUUCUCGCUCUUGCUGCCAUUUGUUCAUCGUGAAGGUGGCAUAGGACAGCAAGCCAGGGAUGCAUUACUUCUUUGUAUGGCACUGUCUGCAUCACACACCUCUGUUGGCCAGUACAUUGCUCAACAUUCAAACUUUUGUCCUAUACCCCUAACUCCGUUGUUCCUAAAUUCCUUGGAAUUCUGCAAUGCAGUUGUACAGGUUGCCCAUCCCCUUGUAAGAAAGCAGUUGGUGGAGUUCUUGUAUCAAGGAUUCCUUGUUCCUGUCUUGGGUCCAGCACUGCACCAGGGUGAUGCAGUCAAUGGGGAAAUUCAAGCACACAACACUCCUGUUUUCCUGUCAGUUGUCGGGGAGGUGGUAGCAGCCACAGCUUAUGUGGAGCUGUGCUUACGAACAGUGACAGAGCCUGAAUUACGUAGAGUGUUCCUGGCGUUCCUUCUCACUUCUGCCAACAGUCCUGCUGUGGAGCCUCCCAUUAUUACUAUUCUUAUCUCAAGACUUCACUCACCUAACACACAACUUUGCCUAGUUACAUUAAGUCUGUUUUGGACCUUGGUUGAGCUAAAUUGUGAAGACUUGAUGGUGGCGUUGGUUUUUCAAUACCUCACGCCUUGUACACACGUAAUGCUCUCUCAACGCUCACGCCUCACUCACCCACCAGACCCUACAACCAAGUCCACUCAUAGACUUGUGCAUCUUAUUCCUGAUGUGUGUCAGGCGGAGAACUCUCAAAAGCAGUUGGAAGCAUUAGAACCAUCACACACACAACAGUUGUCUACAUCCCAGUCAUCUCCAACUGUAUUAAUUGUGCCCCACCAGCGAUCUCUAUCCAAUGUAUCUACUUGCUCGUCAGAGAGUGAUUCAAUAUUUCUUGACCAGCCAACAACAUACUCACAUUACCUUAAAGAAGCUCAGAUGAGAAUUGCAGGUAGUACCGCUGCUUGUGCUCAUUGGACGUGGAAAUAUGAUGGCCUUAACCCACCACCUACUCAAGCUAUGGAGAUGUUGGAUGCUGCUCGUCUCAACCCUCCCAUGUUAUAUCCUAAGCCUCGUGCUCACUCUAAUCCCACGAAUAUAGAGUCAUCAGAGUUAGCACUGGCUGAGGCCAGAACUCGUAGUACCAGUUUACCAUCAGAUGCCAGAACUAGUAAAAGUGAAGUAAAACCAGUGCUCAAUGGUAUUUGUGAUAUUGAACAUAAUAUGAAAAGAUCAGCUCAUCCUGGAGCUUUUGGAGGGAGAGGAGGAGAAAGGAUAGUGGGCCAAGGUGGAGAAGAAGAUAAUCUUGACUCACUUGGAGAGAGCAGUGGCUAUGAAAGUUUUAAUAUCAGAGCAUCAAGGGAUUCAUCUCCAGUCAAUAGUUCAGAUGGGUCACCUAGAGGUCAAGCUCAGAACUUCUCUGGCAUCAGUGUAUCUGUAGAGAAGCAGGAUUUGUGUGCGACAAAUGAAGACCAGGAAUUUAUUGAUUCUCUACAAAGAUCAUCAACUCCAACAGAGCUCUCUGGGCUUGAGGAAACACUUUGUGAAAUUGAUCAAGCUUUUACUGCCUUUAAAAUAUAUGAUGUUAGCUCAUCUAAGUCUUAUAAUAAGGUGUAUCGACUUGAAAUAACAGGAGAGGAAGGAGAUUGGGACAAUCCACCAUGGCACAGCCAUGAAUCAUCUCCAGAAAUAGUAGAAAAGACAACAGCUUCAGAGUCACAGUCACAAUCACGACCAACAAUAGGUCCAUUCUUGGAGGCGCUGAUGUUACGAAUAGAUCAGAUGCUAUCCUCUAGCAUUCAUGUCAACCUUCUGACCACCACAAUAAUGAGUCGUCUGGCCAUUUAUCCAACGCCUCUCUUGUCUUCGUUGUUACUUGAUACAUCCAUUGUCUUCCAGCCAUCUGUUCGAUCACUAGUACAGGUUUGUAAAUGCAUUCAAAUUACAAGUGAAGGAAAGCGGCGUAGUCUCUCUCAAACCGUGUCUUCCUUGUUUCGUCGGACCAGUAAUGAGCGGUCAGCAAUCAAGGAAAGUCCCCUUGAGGAUCUACCUGAUAAAUCUGGCUACAGGUAUGUAAAACGAUCAUCAUUAGCAAGUGUGGAUAUUGGUGCAGGUUCAGGACUGGUUCCUGAUAAACUCCAUGCAGCAAGAUGUGCUGUACUUCUGCGAGAUUGGCUACUAGAGUUGUCUGCUCUUGCACAAGAACAGAUGGUGGCAGUGCCAAGUUUAGAAUUCAAAUUUCCCUCUAGUUGACAAUGACCCAUGUAUUUCUUUGAUGGGUCCUGCUGUCUUCAGAGCCACACGAAGGUAUAUAUAUGUUUUGCAUUUCUGCAGAUUUUAAAGAGCUCUGAAGUUGUCACAAAUUCAGUGUCCACUAUAUGUUUGCUGUCAGAUGACUACCAAUUAGCACUUAAAUUUAAUAAACUAUAGAUGACAAAAGGGCUAAUCUAACAAUUUCCAAAGACAGUAGUUUUAUUGGUUGAUUAAUAACUCACUUUUCUGAGUGUGUAUAUAAUUAUAUAAAUAUUAUAUAUAAAUAUAUAUAAAUAUAUUUUGUGGUGAUUUAAUAGGUUUAUGGCUUUUCUUUUCAUAUCACUUGAAUAAAAGCAAUACAUUGGAAUUUUAGAGGUACAGUAUUUAUACGAAGCGUGUUUAUUCUCAGUAAUAACACCAAAGAAAAGACAGUCAGCAUAAACAUUUGUACAGUAAAUAGUGUAACAUGUUCUAUGUAACAAAACAUUAUUCAUUUAUAAAGAGUACUAAGUACUAAUUGAGUAGCACUGAUAAUUUGUGAUUCUCUACAGUGCAAUGAUUUCUUCUUUAUUCUUUAUCAUUUUUUAAUUUUAUUAUUUUUAUUGUUUUAGCUCCUUGAAAUAUUUUAUUUUACCAGUUUUUAUGUCAUGUCUUCAUGUAACCCAACCUAUUCUCAGCCUUACUCUGUUGAUAAAUGGUAAACUUCUCCCGUCCAGUAUGCAUUGGUUGUAGUGCAGCAGAGAAACUACUGAUUGUGACUUUAUUACUUUUAUGCUUUUGUGUGGUAAAAGAUUAUCAUAUAGUAUGAUUGAGCAAUUGUUAAUUUUUUAAAUAGGGGUUACAAAUGGUGCAUCCUGUUAAAAUCUUUAUAUCCUAUUCAUCAUUUUUACACUUCACACAAUGUAUUAUUCUUGAAAACUAAAAUGCUUUCAAGGUCAUAGAGCAUUAAAUUGGGUUACCCUGGAUGAAAAACUACACAUGCAUGUUUUUUAACAGGUGUUCCCACAAAGCCAGGGUAGCCCAAACAAGGAACACAUUCACCACCUUGUUUUCUCCAAAAGAGAAUGAAUAUCACAGUUCCAGUCAUUUACUUACCAUAAUGCAACAUCCUAACCCAUAUUUCAGAAGGUAGGCACUGUAUUUUCGACAUCCAGAACUAGUCUGGCUAACCAGUUUUCCGGAAUAGCUCCAUGGAUGUUACUUUGCUUAUACACUAACAGCAUGUCAAAUCCCAAAAGCCACUUAAUAACUCCAGCCUCUCAUGUGCCUGCUAGAUGCUCAAGCCCCUACAUUUUAGAACUUCCUUCACAUUCUUUCAACCAUUCCCACACUGUCCCAACACCUUUCAUUCAUCCCAGAUUAAUACAACCUUUAUCUUGCUCUAAACUUUCUAAAUAGCCACUGUAUUUUGACCUCUUCUGCUCCCUGAAUUAUACCUUUUAUUUGAUACAGUAUCCCACAAGACAUGAUAAAACUUGAGAUGCAGGCAGGAAUAACAGGUAACAUACUCCAAAGAAUCAGAAAGUACCUUAGAAGGGAGUAAAGAGUGAUUGUCCAGAAAGAGAUGUCAGAGUGGGGAAGAGUAACAAGCAGGGUACUGCAGGGAUCAGUAUUAGGGUCAGUACUAUUUCUGGUUUAAGUGAAUGACAUUUGUUCAUUGAUGUAAAACUAAUGAAGAGAAUGUAGACCUGAGAAAGGCUGUAUAUGGAGCUGGACAAACUGCUGGGUUGGUCAGUUAAGUGGUUGUUUGAAUUCAACCCCUGAAAAUGCAAGGUUAUGCAAAUUGGGGAAGGGACCCAAAGACCAAAUACAGAGUAUAGACACUGGGGACAGAGGCUUCAGACCUCAUUCAAAAAGGACCUGGGAGUAAAUAUAGUGCUUAGCAUAUUACCAGAGGCUCACAUCAACUGAAUAACCUGCACAGCUAAUACUUGUCUGGCAAAUCUUGAGUGGCCUUCAGGAAUCUGACAGUCAUUCUGGUCUCUUUAUACAACAUAUGUCAGGCCCAUCUUGGAGUAUGCAGCAGUAGUAUGUAAUGAGACUAGUUCCAGAGCUAAGGGGUAUGAGCUACAAAGUGAGGUCAAAGGAACUGAAUAAUGACCUUGGAGGACAAAAGAACCAGGGGAGACAUAACAUACAAAAUACUCAGAGAAAUUGAUUAGGCAGACAGGGACAGGCUGUUUGAGAGGUGAGAAACUAGUAUUUGGGGGGCACAGCUGAAAGUUCGACACAGAUGAGUCACAGGGAUGUCAGGAAGUAUUCAGUUUCAGGGUGGUUGGAAAGUGGAAUGACCUCAGUGAAGUGGUGGAGGCAGAUUCCACACAGUUUUAACCCUUUGACUGUUUUGGUCGUAUAUAUACGUCUUAUAAGCCACCGUUUUUUGACGUACAUAUACAGGUCUCCCUCAACAUUCACGUUUUCAACUUUCACGGGCUUCACACAUUCGCGAAUUCCCAACCGCCAAAUUUCCAGCCACCAAAUUCCCAGCCGCCAAAUCAUAUUUGUUUCCUGCCACCUGCGAGUCCCUACUACCCUCCCUCCGACCCCCGCAACUGGCAGCCAGCCCUCCCACCACUCAGUGUGGUGAGUG